GCACUCCUCUCGUAUCGUCUCUGUACACACAACGAAACGAAACGAAACGAAACGAAACGAAACGAAACGGAAUCAAUGCAGAGCACACCAAAAUUAUUCAUAUCAUCUCAUGUAGACACAUCAUUCUUUUUCUAUAUUUCUAUUUCCCUGCAAUUGCAUACCCAUAACUCGUUACCCCAACUCGCCCGAGUCCACACCGAGUCAUGGCCAAUCACCCCUCCGAGGCCACCACCGACGACUUCUUCGAGCAAAUCCUUGGCCUUCCCACCUUCGCUUCCACCGACUCUGCCUUGCCCCCUACCGAUGCUUCUCCGAUGAUGCUUCAGCUCAACUCCGCCGACGCCGCCACCCACCUCGCCGCCGGCACAGCCUUUCACGCACCGCCUUACCAGUUGGGACUCAGCUUGGACCAAGGUAAAGGUACCUUCGAGGAUGCUUCUGGAAGCGGCAAGCGCUUCCGCGACGACGUCGUCGAUACCAGACCCAAGAAUGUUUUUCAUGGGCAACCCAUGCCUACUACCGUUCCUACUGCUCCACAUCCGCCAACAAUGCGACCUAGGGUGCGAGCCAGAAGAGGACAGGCUACAGAUCCACACAGCAUAGCUGAAAGGUUGCGCAGAGAAAGAAUAGCUGAAAGAAUCAGGGCUUUGCAAGACCUGGUUCCUAGUGUCAACAAGACAGAUAGAGCUGCCAUGCUGGAUGAAAUUGUGGAUUAUGUCAAAUUCUUGAGGCUUCAAGUGAAGGUUUUGAGCAUGAGUAGAUUGGGUGGAGCGGGUGCAGUGGCACCACUGGUAACUGACAUCCCAUUAUCGUCAGUCGAGGAAGAAGGGAGUGAGGGUGGAAGAAACCAACCAGCGUGGGAGAAGUGGUCAAAUGAUGGCACAGAAAAACAGGUAGCUAAGCUUAUGGAAGAAAAUGUUGGGGCUGCCAUGCAGUUUCUUCAAUCAAAGGCUCUCUGCAUCAUGCCUAUAUCACUGGCAUCAGCUAUAUACCCGUCACAACCGUCAGAUAGCUCCAGUAUAGUUAAGCCUGAAACUACUCCUCCUUCAUAGAACACUUCAGGCAUAGAUGCACCAUCCAGUGGUGGUCCCAUAAAGGGCUCACCUAAUCCUGCUAGGACCCACGCGUUGUUUGUCUGUUCCAAACCCCCUUAAUCAUAGUCAUUGGUUCGUAUCAAGUUGCAUUCAAAGUAGGAUGCCAUAGUCCGUUCUUUUUUGCCGUUCUUUCAACUUUUGUCUGUAUAGGGUUCGAUGUCAAUGCCCUUAAAAAUACAAGCAGACCCCAUCUUGAUAAAUUUCAUGUAAAGGGAAAGAAAUUGUCGAAGUUCACUUGAUAUGCUCCUGCUUUUUGUAUCAUUGGGUGGGGGUUAGUGGAACGUGAUGGAAGCGCUUUUAUAAUGGGGCUUAGUUUUUGUAGUGGGCAGUGGGACCUUCUAAAAGUUUAAGGUGGUGUGUAUAUUUUUACUAGUGAUGUAACUCUUAGAGAAUUUGAAAUUCAGAGUUGAAUUGGAUAAUGGUUGCUUUAAGAAUGCUGGGUGUUGCAAGUCCAGCAGAAAAUGAUGGUGCUUUUUCUUUGUUUUAUUAUUUAAAAGUAAUUGGACCUCUUAUCUAAUGGAGGGAGAGAGAGAAUACCAAGUAUGGUAUUGGAC